AAUAAAGAGAGUGAUGACAAGGGAUCAAAUGGUAAAGAGUUCUUAGAUUCUGAGGAUUGCUAUUCUAUUUAUAAGCAGGACGAUGAACUAUCAGAAGAAGUAAUGGAAGAAUCAGUUCUCUUAUUUGAUGAGUCAUAUAAGGAUUAUUUAGUUAGAUCUGUUAUUGAUAAAUUCAGUUUGAAAAAAGAAAUUACAUUAUCUGUUUUAAAAAAAGUUGAUGCUUCAAAGUAA